AUGUUACAAAAUUUUGAUUUUGCAGAUCGUGAAGAGAAAGAAUUUAGUUCAAUUGCUUGUAAUCCUUCAGGUCAAUGUUGUGUUGUUGGUUCAUGGAAUAGAUUAAGAGUUUUUAAUUUUAAUAUUCAUAGAAAUAUGUGGGAAGAAGGUGAUCAUAUUGAAGUUCCAAAUAUGUAUGCUGUUACUUCUGCUUGUUGGAAACCUGAUGGUUCUCGUCUUGUAAUUGGUAAUAUGACUGGUCAAGUUGAUUGGUUUGAUGCUUGUAUUAAGAGAUAUCGUUAUAAGGGAGAAUUCGAGUUUACUUUUGUUAGUUCAAGUCAAGUUAUUGUUAAGAGACUUUCAACAAAUGUUAGAAUUGUUUUAAAAUCUUUAUUUGAAGAGGAAAUUUUAAAAGUUAAUGUUGCUAGAGAUCAAUAUAUUAUUGCUAGAACACCAAGAACUUUACUUUUAGGUGAUUUGGAAUCUUGUAAACUUUCUGAAAUUGCUUGGAAUUCAGAUGAAACAAAUGAAAAAUUCUACUUUGAUAAUCCUAAAGUUUGUAUGGUUUACAAGGCUGGUGAAUUUUCAAUUAUUGAAUAUGGUAUUAAUGAUAUUAUUGGAAGUUUUAGAACUGAACAUGUUAGUACAUUCUUGAUUAGUGCAAGAAUUGCUGAUAAGGAAACACCAAAUAAUGAAAUUGAUUUGAGUGGAGGAAAUAAGAAAGUAGCUUAUUUGAUUGAUUCUCAUACAAUUUGUAUUCUUGAUUUGGUUUCAUCAUUUACAAUUGCAAAAAUUAAUCAUGAUUACAAGAUUGAUUGGCUUGAAUUGAAUAAUAGAGCAACAAAAUUACUUUUCAGAGAUAAGCAAAGACAUCUUCAUGUUUUUGAUUUAAAGACACAAAAAACAACAACAUUAUUAACAUAUUGUAGUUAUGUUCAAUGGGUUCCAGAUUCUGAUGUUGUUGUUGCACAAAAUAGAAGUGAUUUAUGUGUUUGGUAUAAUAUUGAUUCACCAGAUAGAGUUACAAUUGUUCAAAUUAAGGGUGAAGUUGUUGAUAUUAUUAGAUCUGAUGGAUGUACAGCUGUACUUGUUGAUGAAGGACCAGGAACUGUUAAUUAUGAUCUUAAUGAAGGUUUAAUUAAUUUUGGUAAUGCAAUGGAAGAUAAAAAGUAUGAACAUGCAGCAAGUAUUUUAGAAAGAUUAUCACUCACUCCAGAAACAGAAGCCAUGUGGAAGAAAUUGAGUGAAGUUGUUAUGGAUGAUCAAAGAUAUGAUAUUGCAGAAAGAUGUUAUGCUUCAUUGGGUGAUGUUUCAAAAUCAAGAUUUUUAAGAAAAUUAAAUCAAGAAUCUAAAAGAUUAAGAGAAAAUGAAGAAGAUGCAAUGGUUGAACCAUUAGAUCAUUGGAGAAUUAGAGCUGAAAUUGCAAUUCUUGGAAAGGAUUUCAAAUCAGCUGAACAAAUUUAUUUGGAACAAGCCAAAGUAGAUGAAGCUAUCAAAAUGUAUGAACAAUUACACAAAUUUGAAGAGAGUAUUUUCCUUGCUAUUGAUAAGGGUAUUAAUAAUGCUCAAGAAAAGAAACAAAAAUACAUUGAAUGGCUUAUUCAAUCUAAACAAGAAGAUAAGGCAGCUAAAAUUUAUGAAAAGGAAGGACAAUAUAUCAAAUCUAUUAAUUUAUAUCUUCAAGGUGGUUUCCCAGCUAGUGCAGCCAAUGUAGUUUCCAAAUAUAAUGUUGUAUUUGAUAAUAGUGCAAGUGAAAAGUUAUUGGAUACUAUUGCUGAAGCACUUUCAAAGAAUGGUUUAUUUGAAAAGGCAGGUGAAUUCUUUGAAAAGAGAGGAUUAUAUGAUAAGGCAAUUGAAGCUUAUAGAAAGGGAAGAUCCUAUCGUUUUGCAGUUGAAUUAUCACGUACUUCAUUCCCUGAACUUGUUGUAAAACUUGAAGAAGAAUGGGGUGAUUAUUUAGUACAACAAAAACAAGUUGAAUCUGCCAUUCAUCACUUUAUUGAAUCUAAUAAUUAUGUUAAAGCAAUUGAAGCUGCAAUUAAUUCAAGACAAUGGACAAAGGCUGUUCAAAUUCUAGAAGGAAUGGAUGUUCAAAUUGCUAAACGUUAUUAUGGUAGAAUUGCUAGACAUUAUGAAGAUAUUCAAAAUUUACAACAAGCUAAAAAGUUAUAUCUUAAAGCUAAUGAAUAUCGUGAAGCUAUGGAAAUGUUUGAAAGAUAUAACAAGUGGGAAGAAGUUCAAUCCAUUGCUGAAACUUAUAUGAAUCAAGCAGAAAUGAAACAAUUUUAUACAGAACUUGCAACCAAAUUGGAAAAGAAGCAACGUUUCAAAGAAGCUGAAAAGUUAUUUAUCAAGGCAGAUGAAACUGAUUUGGCAAUUAACAUGUAUGCAAAGAAUCACAUGUUUGAUGAUAUGGUUAGAUUAGUUUCAAAAUAUAAUCCAAUUCAUUUGAAACAAGCACAAUUAAAGAUUGCUGAACAAUUAGAAUCUGAAGGACAUUUAAGACAAGCAGAACAUUAUUAUAUUGAAGCAUCUGAUUGGAAGAAUGCAGUUAACAUGUAUAGAAAUAAUGAUAAAUGGAAUGAUGCAAUUAGAGUUGCUAAAGCUCAUGGUGGUUUAACUGCAUGGAAAAAGGUUGCACUUGAAUGGGCUAAACAAUAUACAGGUGGUGAAGCAGGUGUCAAGUUAUUAAGUAAACUUGGACUUGUAGAAGAUGCUAUUGAUUAUGCAAUGGAUGGUGAAUUUUGGGAACUUGCAUUUGAAAUGGCAAGAUCUUCAAGUAAUAACAUGACUCAAAAACUUCCACAAAUUCACAUGAAAUAUGCAAUUUCAUUAGAAGAAGCUGGUAAUUUGAAAGAAGCUGAAACUGAAUAUAUUAAUGCUAAUAGUCCUAAAGAAGCAAUUGAUAUGUAUGUUCAUCAUACUGAUUGGGAUAAUGCUAUGAGAGUUGCUGAAACUCAUGAUUCAACUUUAAUUAAUUUCAUUAUUGAAUUCCAAGCUGAAUUGGCAUUUACUGCUAGAGAAUUUGAAAAGGCUGAAAAAUUAUAUUUGGAAGCUAGAAAUCCUGAAAAAUUAAUUGACAAGUACAAGUCAAUUCAUAGAUUCCAAGAUGCAAAGAGAAUUGCAGAUAAUCAUUUAUCAACAGAUUAUCAAAGACAAUUAACAUCAGAAUGGGCUGAAUAUUUAGUUGAUAAUCAAAAAGAUCAAUCAUUAUCCAAUAAUAGUAAUAAUAAUACUAAUAAUGGUGGUGGUUCAAAUUCAUCAAACAGUAUGAGACAAUCAUCACGUAAUUUAGAACAAGAUGAUUCAAUGAUUGAUAAUGAAAAUGAUCCAGCAGCACCUGCUAGAAUGUUUGCACAAAGUGGACAAUAUGGUAAAGCUGUUGAUGCUUUUAUUGGAUUUCCAUGGAAGGGUGUUGAUACAGAUUAUUUAGAAAAUGAAUAUGUUUCAGCUGUUAAAUUAACAAUUAAUCAUUUACAACCAAGAGUUUCAGAUGUUGUAAAUAUUCUUUCAAAGAGAUUGAUUGAAAUUAAGAAAUAUCAAGCAGCAGUUGAAGUUUAUUGUAUGGCUAAACAAUUUAGAGAUGCAGUUGAUGUUUUUGUUAAACAAAAAAUGUUUGGUGAAGCACUUGAAUUGGCAAAACAACGUUCACCUGAUUUGAUUGAUUAUAUUAAGGAUCAACAUAAGAGAAGUUUGAAACCAGUUGAAGGACCAAUUGAUUUAGCAGAUCAAAUUGAAAGAUUAGCAGAAUCAGGUGAAUGGACUAAAUGUUUAGAAUUGUGUCAAAAACAUGAUAAUCAUGAUAUAUUAUCUAGACAUACAGCAUCAUUUAUUAAUAUACUUGUUAAUGAAAGACAUGAUUAUAAUCAAGCAUUAACAAUAUUAGAAAAGUAUGGAGUACCAUUAGAAAAACAAUUAUUGAAUACAUAUAAGGAAUUAGUAACACGUAUAGUUUGGAUGUCAGUUCAUCAAGAAAAUGCUAAUUCAUCUGAUUUGAAGAGAUGUAGAGAUAUGUUAAAUUCAUUAAUUGAAGGAUUUUCAAAUUCAGGAAUUGUAGUACCAAUAAGUCUUGUUAAAAUGAGACAAGUAUGUCAUAUUUAUCAUGUUAAAGAUAUUUGUAAAAAAGUAACAGAAUUACAAGAAUUAUAUACAAAGAAUUGUGUUAGUUUAUGUAGAUAUACAGAUGAAAUACCACCUGAUUCUGUUUUUUAUGAAGCAGGUAAAGCAUGUGAAAAGAUGAAAUGGGAAAAUAUGAUGUUUGUAUUUUAUAAUAGAUUUUUAGAUAUUGGUGAUGCUAUUGAAGAAAUUGAAUUGAAAGAAGAAUAUCAAAAUCAAGAUCCACCUAUUCUUAUUAAGGGUACUGCUGAAUUGGAAAAUUCAGAUUUUCAAGGAACUGAUGUACCCUAUAAGGUACCAAUUCCAGUUUCACAACUCAUUGAUGAUGAUUUUAAAGAUGAUAUUACAAAUGUUGUUUUACAAAAAUCUAUGAAUGCAUCAUUUAAUAAUUCAUUAUCAAAAUGUUCAUGUCCAUCAUGUAAACAACAAAUUUACAUUGCAAAUUCAAAUUGUUCAAAAUGUAAAACACAAUUUGAAAUUUGUUCUGUUACUGGUUAUCCUGUAUUCCCUGAUCAAAAAGUACAAUGUACAAAUUGUAGAAGACCUGCAAAUAGAAAUGAUUGGAAUUUAUUCAUUUUAAAACAUAAGAGAUGUCCUCAUUGUGAUGAUUUACAAUUAACUUUAUAA